AUGAAGAGAAUUUCCAGUGCAGCCGUCGCCGUGCUCCUGGGAGCACAUCAAGUGUUCGCCGGGCCAGUCGCCGCAGGCCCGCUGGCGCUGCGACAAUCAGGAACUUUCGUUCCUAAGCCUGGUUACUUUCCCGAGAAGGGUGAUGACACUAUUGCUGGGGGGAUCUUCUGCAUCUCCCUCAGCGACCUGGCGACGUACCUCCAGCGAACAGGUAACAACCCAGGAGCAACAGGUUCGGAGUCUCCAAAGGGAGCUGGUGCAGUUACUUCUGGUUCUGGGCCUUAUCCGGCGGCGAUGGUGAGCGAUUCCAGCCUUCCGAAUCACACGAUUUACGCACCCAAGUCACCACCGGCCAACAUCACCUUGCCCUUCAUUUCGUGGGGCAACGGCGGUUGCGCGCCGAGCAGCUCAUCGUACCGCAACAUGCUUACCGAGAUUGCGUCGUAUGGAUACGUGAUUGCUGCAGACGGCCCGGCAACUGGCUCGGGAUCUGGACAGACUAAGGUGCAAGAUCAGCGUGACAGUCUCGACUGGGCCAUGAAAGGUGGAGCAAGCAAGUAUGGUAAUAUCAACCUUGAAAAUAUCACCACGGCCGGACAUAGUUGCGGUGGUCUUGAGGCUAUGAGUACCGCCUAUCAUGACACACGCGUGAAGAGGAUCAUGAUGUUUGAUAUCGCAAUUUUCCAAGACGACAGACGAUAUCUCCUGCAAGAAAUUAAAGUGCCUGUCGCUUGGUUUGUAGGUGGGCCGAAAGACAUGGGCUACCCUAAUGCAGAGAAAGAUUAUGCCCUCCUGAAUGCAGGCCUCCCUGCGUACAAGGCGUCUCUGGAUACAGGCCAUGGCGGUACCUAUGGCGCAACCAACGGCGGAAAGUUUGGGAAAGCAGCGGUAGCGUAUCUUCAAUGGCAGUAUCGCAAUGAUGCCAAGUCAAAAGCCGUACUGCUGGAUCCGGCGUCGCAAGGCAGUCUGGUCUCAGACCAUUGGAACGUUACUUAUAAGAAUUGGACGUGA